AUGGGCAAGAAGAAAUCAAAAGGCGAAUACAAUGACUUCCUAGAUGGCGAGAAGUUGCGCGACAACACCGAAAUCAGAACGACAUUGCAGGGCUUCGCGGCAAGAGAUAUUUCACCAUCGCUCGGACAACAAAAGCAUACAGGUAGCAAGAACCAAACCAAAGGCGGAGCAAAGAAACCACAACUCACACACUUCUUAUGCCUUCCCUUGGUCACCGAUGCGAGCAAACCUCAACUGCAAAAAGGACUGGAGAAAUUCAAGGAAGACCUAGCAAAUGAUGGCCCGGUACCCACAAAGGCUGUCCGGCCAGUUGGCACGUUGCAUCUAACGCUGGGAGUAAUGAGUCUCUCUCCCCUAAAAUUAGAAGAAGUGAAGCAAAAUCUGCAAGACUUGGACCUACACAUCCUCCUUCGCGACAUCACCCAUCGACGCGUGGCAGAAAAGGCUGCCGAAUGUGGCGAGAUAGCAGAAAACCUCAAUGCAGCAGCCAUGCCCGACACAGACGCUUUGACGAUCAACCUCGGAUCUUUGAUUCCCAUGCAAGCACCACAUAAGACAAGCAUUUUGUACGCAGAGCCUCAAGACCCAUCACAGCGCUUACAGCCUUUUGCUGCGGCGUUACGAGAACAGUUCGCAGAGAAGGGACUACUGGUGGAGGACACUAGACCAUUGAGAUUACAUGCAACGAUAAUGAACACAAUCUAUGCGAAGCCGAGGAAGCAUGGAAGGGGGCGACCCAAGAGCCAAAGACUCAAAGGUGGCUUGAAGCACAUGGAACACAAAGUCUUGCCCCACCACCACAAUAAUGGCGAAGACACUCAAAACACCCUAAUCAACGACGUCAACCUAGAAGAUGAAACUGCAUCCACAGCGGGCUCUCUAGAUGGCAACGAAGCCACCGCAUCUCUCGAUGCCUCGACAGCAGAAGAACCACGUCCAACCGGUGAAGGCCAUGGCCCAGAUGGCAAAAGCUGGAUGCGCUUUGAUGCUAGGAGUUUGAUCGAGAAAUAUAAGGGUUUUAUCUGGGCGGAAGGGGUUAGAGUGGAUAGAGUUUGUAUAUGUAAGAUGGGAGCGAAGAAAAUCUGGAGUGGAGGGAUAGAAGGGGAGGGUGAAUUGAUAGAUGAGCAGUAUGAGGUUAUUUGUGAAAAGGAAAUCUUCUAUUGA